AUGCUGAAGAGUCUACUGCAGGCCAGAGAAGCAAUAACCAUCUACAUGUCAGAUGAAGAGAAGCAAUAUAAAGGUCCAAAACCGUUCGAUUCUGAUUGGGAAAAGAUUUCAAAAUACAUCAAUGUUUUGGAUUUAUUCUGUCAGGCUAUGGUCCUUCUUGGCAGUGAAAAAUAUGUGUUGUGUAGCUGUGUAUUGCCACUGUUAAUGUCUUUGACAAAACACAUGACUGUAAAUGAUGAUGAUCCAGGUUAUAUAGUCAGAUUUCAGGCAGCAUCUAUUAAUGACUUCUGCAAACGUGUAGCUGACAUGAAAAGUAUUGAAAUAUUACAGAUUGCAACAACACUUGAUCCACGAUAUAAAAACUUGAAGUGUUUAUCAGACGAUUCAAAAGAACAAACUUGGUUAUUGGACAACAAAUAG